UCUUCCACGUUUGAAACAUGCGCCCUGAUCACUGUCAACGUGACAGCGAUUUCUUGUUUUCAAAUAGCCCCCCUUGCCGCACUCUAUUGUUUGUCCUUUGAGUGAUCGGACUCGUCACAACAAGGUGAACGUUUUUCUGGAAAUUUAGUGAAAAAACCAGCAUUUUCAACUCGUUUCAACAUGGCCCCUAAACAGCGAAUGCGGAUCGCCAACCAAAAGGCCAGCAAGAUGGUCACCAUGCGAGGCAACGUCCCCAAAUCGUCGAAACAAGAGAAGGAGAGCUCCCCAGUAGGCCCCUGGCUUCUAGCCCUCUUCCUCUUCGUCGUGUGCGGCUCAGCAGUUUUCCAAAUCAUCCAAUCAAUCCGCAUGGCAUAAAUUGAGCAGCGGUUAACAACUAAUCAGAUCAUGUUCUGUUUAAAUUCCUUUAUACAUAUUUUGCAAAAUGUGUGUUUUUGUAUUAUGUAAAAACGUUUUAGUGCAAUUUGAUUCUUCCAAUUUUGUAUGAUAAAUAGUCGCCAAUAUAUACAGCCAGUGAACAUUUGGUCUUUGCAGCCCUGAGAAUCGCCUAAAGUUGUGAUCACUUGCACAUUGAAUGAUCAAUCAGCAGUUGGCAUUCUGAUUUUAGGCGAUUCUUUCACCAUCGACUAAAACUGCAAUGCUGGCUCUAGUUUAUAUUCUGUGCAUUUAUACGGCGGUUUUUUGUAAAAUAUCAUUCCAUUGGUUUAUUGGUCACCAUGUAUAAGGUUUAAUAUAAUACAUUAUUUUCCA